AUGCGUGUCGCUGGGGAGAAGACCCAGGCGCUUGUUCUGUCCCAGUGGGCCCGCGACGCAUCGAGGCUCUCCAUCCGGGUCGCCGGAGCGGAGGUCACCGGUGGUGCCACACUGCGUCUCCUGGGCGUCUCUUUCGACCGGCUGCUACACUUUGGAGCCCACUGCAACGAACUACGUAAGAAGGUGCGCCCCCGUACGGCCCACCUUCGUCGCAUGACCGGUAGGAGCUGGGGCCUGACCGAGCGGCAGCUGAGAACCGUCGCUAACGGCUACGUACGGGGUGCACUGGAGUAUGCGGCGGGUGCGUGGCUGCCUGCUGCGUCGGAGAGCCACCUCACCCUGAUUGACCGGGAGCUGAGAGCUGCCGCCAGGGUGGUGACGGGCUGCCUAGCGUCGACCCCGUCACACGCCCUGAUGGCGGAGGCGGGCCUCCCCACUGCAGCACACAUGUGCCGCGACAUUAGAGCGGCGCGGCAGCUAGCUCUGGCGGCCUCGCUGCCUGCAGGGGACCCGCUCAGAACCCUGGCUGACUCGUCGCCACCAAGACGUCUUGCAGCGACCCUCGGCUGGCGAGACAGAGGCCGUGAGGUGUUCGCCCGCCUGUCGCCGGGGGGCGAGCCUCUCACCAUCAAGGAGCGGCUCCAUGUCUCCGCCCCGCCAUGGCAGGACGGCGGAGAGGUGUCCUUCCACCUGGAGGUAGGCCCCGACGGCUCCAGGGACCGCCCGCCGGAGCUGAGAAGAAGGGCGGCGGAGGAGCGAUUGGAGUCGUUCCCGGCGGACGCCACCUGGAUCUGGUCGGAUGGCUCAGCCGAGGAAGGAGUGCACCGCGGUGGAGGAGGAGCGCUGAUCGUGGCCCCCGACGGUGCCACAAGAGAGGUCCGUGUCGCCGCUGGCCGCCUCUGCUCAAGUACGCGAGCAGAGCUGUUUGCGCUGAGGGCCGCGCUGGAAGAUCUGACUUCGACACCAGACCGGGAUACGACGCGCCCGAUUAUCAUCUGUCUCGACUCAAAAGCGGCACUGGCUCUCCUCAAGAGCGGUCCAGCGGCCCAGCGGACGCCGGUAGCAGCCGACAUCUGGAAGGCGCUACAAGGCAUCAGUGCGACCGGCCAGCCCAUCCAGCUGCAGUGGGUGCCGGCGCACUGUGGGCUGCCGCUGAACGAAAGAGCGGACGGCCUCGCCAAGGAGGCCAGUGCCCUGCCACAAGAGGACACACCCAUAGAUGUCACCACAGUGACCAGAGCGGCUGCCCGCUCAGCUUCUACGAGGUGGAGGGAGGCCUGGCCGGACGGGUGGCACAAGGAGAUCUGGGGCUCCCGCCUGCCGGGCCCGGUGGAGGGCGAAGACCGCUGCUCUGCGAUUGACGUCCACCAGCUCCGAGCCGGCCACUGGUCCUGCUCGGAGCAGUACCUUCACCGCAUCGGCCGCCGACCGACGCCCGAAUGCGAGCAGUGUGGCUCCGUGAGGUGCCCGGCCGCGCUGUGCCGUGUGUGCCGAGAGGAGGCCGACACCCCGCGGCACGUCCUGCUGCGUUGCCCGGCGCUGGCGGGACGCCGCCUGGCACGAGUGGGCACGAUCCACCCUACGGUGACCGAGCUACAGGACGACGGCGUGGUGGCGGCCUUGGCCGCCGGCUUUCGAGCCCAACUGAGCCGUCUGGCUACGCCCCCCUAG